GAGUAUUUUGAGUCCAGAGCAAGCCACCAAAAUUAGUCUCCGGUCAGCCAGACCUGACGAUUGUGGCGGAAUAAUGAAAUUACUUCGUGACUUCGCCGCAUGGGAGGACAGUCUGGAUAACCUAGAAAUAACAGAAGAAGACCUUCUUCGUGAUGGUUUCGGUGAUUUGCCAUUUUACCGAUGUGUGGUAGCCGAAGCACAGGGAAGGGAUGACAUGACGUCACUCGUAGCUUAUGGAAUGUACAACUUCAUCUACUGUGCUUGGAAAGGGAGGAUGGUUACAUUUGAAGAUAUCUAUGUUCACCAAGCCUAUCGAGGUUUCGGACUCGGUGCAAUAGUACUACAUCAAGUUAGUAAGCACGCAUACAACCUCGGUUGCCGUCGGGUAACCGGCUACGUAGACGACAACGACCCCAACCUACCCCGGUGGUACCAGGGAUAUGGCUUCGUUGAUUUCUCUCGUCAGUUCGACUACCAUAUCUACUCGCUCUCUGACGACCCCCUGGAAAAGUUUGUUCACAACCAUGACCCAUUUACGAAACCAAACAAUCUAGGGCUGGACAUCGAUUCCUUGUUAUGAAAUUAAAUAUUUAGAGACGGAUCCAGGUGGGGGCACAUCCUACCCACCCCCCCCCCCUCUCCCUUGAGAGCCCCAAUUAUACAUUUUCUAGUGGAAAAUGUCGUGCAAAAUUGAGAUUUUUUUUCAUCUCGAAAAGUUUUUUUGUUGCAUAAAUCACCAUCAUUCAGGAGUUAAGACCCUUAUCUUUUCUAUUAUUUUUCUUGCCCUGUUUUUUUUCUGAACAAAAAUACCCCCCCUGGAAAAUCAUGGAUCCGCCUCUAAAAUUAUUUAAGAGGAACUAAAUUAUAAAAGCGUCAUUUAUCUGGAUACAGACCUACAUUUACACCAAUGAAACCAACCCCUGAUUGACCAGACCUAUUACAUUAUUUCCAAGGACAAACCAUCGGUCAGUUUGGAGUCGGUUUCACGAGGGUAACUGUGAUAAAGAGCACAGAAAUAACAAGGUUAUUAGACAAGAAGAUGAAAAAAUACAAGACGAAAAUACGAAAUAAAACUAAUGGGUCUCGUCAUACUUUGUGGGGACGCAAAAUAAGAAGAAAAUCAUGAAAAUUUAUCGCAGUUCUUGUCAAUUCAAGACGACAGUCAGGAGAAGAGAAAUUAACAUAUACUUGGUUCCUUAUUAAGGAACCAAGAAUAUGUUGAUUUCUGUUAAGGAACCAAGAAUGUGCUAAUUUCUCUUAUCUUAUUUGUCAUCUUGAAUUGACAAGAAAUGGGAUUAAUUUUCAUGAACCUUAAUAUUAAUUGACUUGCCCAAUGAGCAAGGGUUUUAAUUAUUUCUGUUUUGUGAAGUCGUCCUUGGAAGAACAAUGAAGAUGGGUUUUUUUGUCCGUUCCAUUUCUGACUUCGUUGACUCAAUGAAAUCCAAAGUCUUGCCUUCUCGAAUUUUGACAAAAUCUUCAUUCUUCUUGUCUUUCAGUUGCCAGUCGAAAUCAUCAUGACACGCCCCAUAAUUUUGUUUAUAAGAUUUGUCUGUUAGCAAGUAUCGCAAGCUUUUGUUUGCCCUUUCAGUUUCGCGGGUCGAAGCAUAUAUUUCUACAGACUUGCUUGUGUUCAUAUUGUGAUCAGUAUAUUUUCCAUGCAGAAGUUAUUGUGAAUUAUCUUCAAACAUCAUUAUUUGAUUGGUAGAAAGUAAACGUGUUAAACUAAGUAUUAUAAAAAGAGUCUUUUGAAAAUUAUUUUUUUAAGACCACGAUUUGUAUAUUUGAAUUCUUAAAUGCAUACAUUUCUAUGUGGAUUGGUUGGACAGAAUCACAAAUAGAAAUACUUUAUUUUCAUGUUUUAUAUGUCUUCAUAAUUCAAUACAAACUGACAAUAUCAUGAAUAUGAGUGUGCGUGCAUUUUUUUUUUUUUUUUUUUUUUUGGGGGGGAGUCUUUGGAUUAUGAAUAUCCUUUCUCGUUCGGCAUCUUGCUAAUUUGUUUAUUCAUUAAAUUAAUCAAUUAUACAGCAUGCCUUUAAAUAUAGAUAUAUUAGUGUAACUAAUCAAAUAAUUGAUUGUUGUUUUAAUUUGUUUUGAUCCAACACUUCGACUCAUCUUCUGCUUAGUUAAGCCCUCAUCUAUUCAUAUUUUUUUGUUAAAUAGAUAAGUCAAAUAACUGAAUAAGAUCGU